AGUCAGGGCAAAAGUCAGAAGCAACUUUAGUUGGUUGUGUUUCUCGGGGCUGUGUAGCCGGACUGUGCUGUGGGGGUCUGAAAACCCAUACUGUCCUCCUCCUCCUGUUGCUGCUGCUGUUUUAAAGUGGACACCUUAAUAUCUGAUACAGCUUGAUAACUCCAAAAACGACCAGAUGUCGCCUUCGGUGUCCCCUCGCUUCUUCACCGAGAAAGAAGUGGCGAGGCACUGCAGUAAGGAGUCCUGCUGGGUGCUGAAGGGGACGCGGGUGUACGAUGUGACCGGAUUCCUCCGCAUGCACCCGGGCGGAGAGGCGCUGAUCCUGCGCCGCAGCGGCAAGGACAUCAGCCCGGAGCUGGAGGGACCUCCACACCGCCACUCCGAGAACGCCAGGCGGUGGAUGGAGCAGUACUACAUCGGGGAACUAGACAGGGACAGUACGGAGUACUACACAGAGAAAUUAAGGAAGAGGGGAAGUAGUCAGAAGCAAACAGAAGAAACAGAAGAAGAAGAAGAUACAGGCAUCAGUAAAUGCAGCAAAGUCGAUGAUGAAAAAGAUCUGGUGGACUGGAAUAAGCCCCUGGCCUGGCAGGUGGGUCACUUGGGGGAGAAAUACGAUGCAUGGGUCCAUCAGCCCGUGGACCGGCCCAUCCGACUCUUUGGGAAUGACUUCUUCGAGGCUAACACCAAAACAUCAUGGUACAUGGUUCCUGCUGUGUGGAUGCCGCUGGUUAUUUAUCUGAGCUGGUACUGCUACAGCUUGUUGGCACAAGGAAGCACCAGAGUGUUUUUAACAUCAGAUUACUCCAUCCCGAUCCAUAAGUACUGCUUUCCCCUCAUCUUCCUUGUGGGAAUGUUUUUGUGGUCCUUCAUCGAGUACUGCAUCCACCGCUUCGUCUUCCACAUGCGUCCACCUGCACACAACUAUUACCUGAUCACCCUGCACUUUCUUCUGCACGGACAGCACCACAAGUCUCCGUUCGAUGGCUCUCGCCUAGUGUUUCCUCCAGGCAUUGCCUCUAUAGUGAUUGGAGCGUUUUACCUGAUUCUGAAGCAGCUGUUGCCGGAGGGUCUGGCUGUGUCUCUGUUUGUUGGGGGUCUGUGUGGAUACGUUGUUUAUGAUAUGAUCCACUACUACCUUCACUACGGCUCACCCCGCAAAGGCUCCUACCUGUACGGCCUCAAGGCCUACCACGUCAAGCACCACUUUGAGCACCAAAGAGCAGGUUUUGGCAUCACCACCACAUUCUGGGAUCAUCCCUUCAACACAGUCAUUCCAGAGCAGACAUUUUAACACCUUCCUUUGCAACCGCAUAGCCCCGCCCACAAAGCCCAGCUGCACCACCUCACCGGCUUCUUUUUUUUUUUGCUCUGUGAGUGAAACCUCACCCUCUGCUGCUCCUCCAAAGAAACGUCCCAAAAUAUAUGUAUCAUCUUCUUCAACAUCAUCCCUAUCACCGUUAUUACCUUCAUUAUCGUCAUCUGCCAAUAUAGGAGAGGCUGUUGGAAUGUUAAAAUAUAUCUGUGUAUUUAUAUCUAAUGAAUUAUGUUCUUUUAAUGCAGAUUUUUCUUUGAGGCACUGGAAACUUUAACCCCCCACCCCCCACCCAAAAGAUCAUGUAAAUAGAAGUAGUGUGUAAUAGGCAAGUGUGGGAGAGUAUGUGGAUGUGAGGAGAAGAAGGAAGUGAGAGAGUGCGUGAGCAUGUGAGCGUGUGAGAUUUAGAUAGUAGUCUGAGCUAAAUGAGCUAAAUAAAGAAUGCAGAGGUAGGACCUUCCAGUGUCUGUGCAGUGGCUUCCCAUGCCAUUGUCAGUGUGGAAAUGUGCUCAGGAAUGCCCCAUUAAUUUCCCAACACAAAUCAACCCAACCACGCCAUGCUUUCAAUAGGCUUCUCAGUGUUGCUGCUGUCAGGAUAAGUCCCAAACUCUGUCUGCUAGACUGUUUUCUGUCUGCUAGACUUUGCUGCUCUUCUAUCUGACAACAUUUAUCGCUAUUGUUGCUGAUUAUUCUUAAAAACUUAAAUGAUAACUCCAGAAAUGUUCAAACUGUUCUUAAUCUGCUGUAUUUGUAGCAUAUGUUCAAUUAUCACGCACUAUAAUAAUUUCUCAGCACUUAGAUUAAGAAAAAUGUUGCUGUAGUAGCUGGUAUCCUUUGUUGUAUCCUAUAAUGUAUAUGGAAGCCAGUGGAUCAGCGUGUUAUUUUUUUUCUUAUCUAAGAACAAUAAACGUCUAGACUGUGGUAUCUGACUGUGUCAUACAGAUUCAGCAGAUUGAGAUCAGGUUGAAAAAUACUGGAGGAGUCUCCAGACUGUCGAAAAUUGUCAAAUCAACCCCACACACUACGUUUUUUUGUCUUAAACUCACGGGACUCUUUUCUGUUAGCAGAACCCAGUCUUUUACGUCAGAAAUCAUUUUUACGUAAUGUAAGAUUUUCUUGUGAUAAUGCCAAGUUGACCUAGCAAUAGAACAAUGCCCUAGCCUGGGAGCCGCCGCAGCCAUUUGACUCCUUGGGUAACCUGUUAUUAUAAUAUAUUAGCAAGAUGUUAAGCAGUGUUGCUUAAAUAGAGAUUAAAGGAGCAAAACAAUGGCCCCUGGCCGUCCUGGACUGGGAAACGCAGGUGUUGUCAUGUUGACAGAAUUCGAACCCUUGAGGGGCGUGACGCCGGGUGUUUGGGACUCUCUGUUCCGGAGAGAGGGGGAUUGCCUGGUUACUGUAGUUACUAUGGGUAUGCGGGGUCACGUAGGGCCGCGAUGUUGUAGACGUUACCAGUGGCGACCCUGUCCUGGGUUGAUGAUGGGUUACCUCUGACCAGGCCGUGGAGAGGAGAGUCCACCAGCUGAUCUCUCAUUGGUUCGAAAUUGUGCUGUUCUCCACCUCGUCCAGAGCUGUCUCUCUCUAUUCUCUUUUUUUUUAUCUCUUUCUCUCUCUUUCUUCAUCUCUAUCUCUCUUUCUUUGUCUCUCUCCCUCUGAUGCUUUCUAUCAUAAUUAAUUAGUAAAUGUGGUCUCUGUCUUUUGUUUUUUCUUAUGUUUUAAAUAUUCCCUUUAUUAAGGUUUUGUACUGUAUCAGAAGUCACUACAUGUAAGUCUGAAUUGUGGGACCUUGCCAUUAAUGUAUAAAGGGAACUGUGGCCUACUUUGCUGUGUUUUAACUGCUGUAUAAAUCCAUUUAUUCAGAUGUCUAAACAGACACAAUGAAAAAGUGAUGCAUUGUUUUGACCUUACUAAAAGGGAACACAUCUUGGAACACUGAAUCCUCCUCAACUUUUUAAAAUAAAAGUUUUACAAAGUGUGUAUUCAUGCUAAUGUUUCAUCAUUCCAUUUACUCAUAAAGUCCUGCAGUCCAAAUAAAGACAGCAUUUUUAAGUCAUUUACUGCUUUUUUGUGAUGUGACAGAAAAGAGUGCUUAAUAUUGUUUAGCUCCCACUCAUGUGGGAGCCAAAACAGCUCUGGCCCAUUGAGGUCUGAUUUCCACAAGACCUUCAAAUGUGUUCUGUGUUUUCUGGCACCAGAAAGACCAACAUAAUUUGUAUAUAAUGCAUAUUGUAUUACAAAAAUGAUUACGAAAAUGAUUAAAACCAAAAGCAAAACUUGUUUUUGUACAUUUUGAGUGCAUGAUUAAAGCAGGUAAAUUCAGUGCAUCACUUUUAUUGAGAGUGGUCAGUGGUACAAUGAUAAAAGCGAAAAAUUCAUGAGGUCACAGUUACCCUGUGUGUAGGCUUAAAGGCAAAGCCAUCUAGAUAUAAAAUUUUGAUCUUUGUAUAAAAAUGACCAUGAUGUGCCUUAGAGCACUUCCUACCUCCCUACUCCUUCCUACACUCGAAUCAUGUUAACGGUCAGUGGGAUGCGCUCAGCAGAACGUGUGUGUGUGUGUGUGACGUGCCUCCCACUGACCGGAGGUUGGAUCCGGUUUGAUUAAAGUACAAACAGUAAAUAUAUGUACAUUUGUUUACCUGUAAGCAAAGUUUUAAGUUUUAAUUCUGAGAAAAAUAUUUUAAAGGAGAAAAAGCUUUAAAAAUAUGCCUCUAAUAAAUAUGAAAAUUUGUUUACUACUAUAUAUUUUUAUGUUGCAAUAAAUUUCUAUGCAAGUGCACUUGUAAAUAAAUGUGUGUAUAUUUCUGA